AUGUUUUGGUCAGGCACAUAUGGAGUGACGCAUGCUUACGGGGGAAGUGGAUAUAACUAUGUCACAUUAGAAGAUACGUUAGCGGCGUAUAUGGUCAAUGGAUUGACAUGGUGUGGAAAUACAAACGGUUCUGAGGGAUUCAAUUAUGAAUUUUGUCCAUAUAAAUGCUCACAUAAUUAUUGGGCAGAUCUUGCAUUUUGGGGUUUAGCAAAUGCAUAUAUUUUGCCACACCUCUUUGCAACUUUAACCUCUGGAGAAAUAUAUGUUAUUUUAAAUGGGACACGUGAACGAGCAUUUCGAAACGAUUCCUUUUUUGGUUUAUUUGAAUUGCCAAAUUUACCGCGUACAGGAAAAUAUCAGGUUGAAAAAGUCAACGUGUUAGUACUACAUGCUCCAGAUCUUCCAGUAAUUGAAAAAUGUGGUGAACAUAGUCUCAUUGAAUUAGAGCAGUUAGUGAAAAAAGCCGGCUUUGAUUAUUCAUGUCAAGAUGAUCCAGAGUACGCCAAAGUAACAUAUCGGUAUCACUACACGAUUGGAAUGCUCGUGAAUGUUUUACUGCUAGAAAAGUACUACAAUAUCAAUGGAGACACAAAUUAUAUGGAACAACAAACAGCAGCAGCAGCAUGCAAUUGA